AUGGUGGCGUUCUUCAUGUCAGCAGAGCAAUUCUCGAAGCUCUCUCUUGGAGAGGACAUGGUUACAACUCGUGCUGGGGCCGCAAGGGCAGCAAGAGCUAGUGCACAGUCAUCAGAUCACUCUGACCAAGACCAGCCCCUACCGUCAGUCGAGUCGACCGUUUCGCCUACGCCUUCCCUGGUUAUAUCGACGAAGAAUCUCCACUACAAUGUUUCGGCUUUCGAUACCGACCUACGAAGACGGGCCAAGAAAGGACUAGAAGGUAGCGAGAUUAGGUUGAAGUACUGCGCAGUCUCGGAAGACGAAUACAGUCCGGGUGGUAGUCCAAAGAAAUUCUUCCAUCUAGAGGACGAGAUCACCGUGGCGAUGGGUGGAAGGUUAAGGAGGCCAGAGUGUACAUGUGGUGCCAACGAGAAAGGCCUCGCAUGUAAGACUCUGAAGCAUAUCUAUUGGGUUGGAGACCAGAUCAUCUCGACUUCCCCAGACGACAUGGUGAAGACACCACUUCACCUUUCACCUGACGGCUCGAAAAUCGAAGAUGUGAAGCCUGCUGAAAUACUGGAUACCAAGGGUUUAGCCAACAUCGCCAACGACUUGAAGUGGGUUUACCGAGACGACGACGACCUACCUGAAGACGAUGAUGACCUGAAGGAAACAGUCAUCGAUAUGUUCUCCUGCUUCGAGCCCCGGGAUGCGCUUCCUGGGGAGUUUCGGUAUCCUGAAUCGCCCUUGACUUCAGAACGAUCGAAGAAGUACCAAGAGCUCGCAGAUCUCUUCACGCAGUACGCAAGUAGAGACCCUAGUCUGUACCUUCAGAUGCGCAAGAUCAUCGAUGCAGACUUCGAAAGCCGUGUUUUCUUCGAGAAGGUUGAAAAGCGCAUCGCGUUGACCUUCGAUGCUCUGGAUGAGUACAUUGUCAAAGGACCCAAAACUCUCUCUGAAGGCCCGCCUCGGUUCGAUGUUUCCAGUUGCGCAGAGCAGUUGACCUCACUAGUCGGGGCCAUUGAUGACUUUUACCAUCGCCAGGCUGAUGUCGAGGAUGCAGCUGCACGAGCAGCGAUGGCUCUUGUCACUAUCCUUGACCGUGUCACAGACCGCAAUGUAAAUGCAUACGAAGGCAUUACAUGGAGCGGCAUGGAGGCUUUAUCGGACCCUGUGCAAAGCAACCUAUACGUUGCACUCAUUGGAGCACAAACAGAUGACGACCAUCAAUUUGUACUCGAAGCGCUUGCGUCUUUACCACAAGAAGACGUAUACCGUAACCACUGGACAGUGUUGCAGGAUGUCGAACGCAAGCUGAUUGAGGCUGAUGCGCCUGCUCAUUACAUGAAUCUCUUCCGCAACCUGGUCUAUGAGAACCGUAAAAGGCCAGGGUCGGCGGUACGCGAACGAGAGCCGAAGCGGGCGAUGCAGUAA